UCUCCAUCAUUCAAUGUCUCCAACUCAGCUUAGAUUGAAGAAGUUCUUCUCUGCAACUAAUCAUCUACUAUUGAUCACUCCCCUCUUCUUCUUCCUCCAAGUGUUUUCUUAAUUCUCUUCUUCUUCCUCUUCUUCUUAUCAAGCUCGCCAUGUACGAAUACGGUGACCUCUUCGCUCUCACCUCCUCCUCUUUCUCACCAGACCCAUUCUUUCCGGCCACCCUUUCUUCUCCUCCGCCUCCUCCGGUUACUAUCACUCCAAAAGUGGUGGUCGGCGAAGAGUACGACUCGGUUCCAAUAGGUCCGAGUUCGCUACCGAGUUACAGUUACUACUACCCUCAACGACCCAGUUUGUUGCAGAGAUGUAUGAGCAGUCAAUCUCUUCCCAAUGACGCUUUCCAUUACCCUCAUCACAAUCCCAUUUUCUCUUCUCUUGAUGAAUCUUCAAUCGAGAAUUUCGAAUUCGAUUCUAGUCCCAUGAGGAAGGUGUUUAGCACUGGAGAUUUGCAGACGAUUAAUUUGGCGCAGCAAAGAUCAAAUAGCCCUCUUUCUCAUGAGAAUUGUAACGUGGAAGGAUCAAAGAAAGUUCGUUGUUACAGUGCUCAAGAACGAAAAGAGAGAAUCGAGAGGUAUCGAAACAAGAGAAGCCAGAGGAACUUCAAUAAGAAGAUCAAGUAUGCGUGUAGGAAGACAUUAGCAGAUAGUAGACCACGCAUCAGAGGAAGGUUUGCAAGGAACGAUGAGAUCGGUGAGAGUAUUCAAACUCAGUGGAGUGAUCAGAUAGGAGGGGAAGAAGAUGAAGAAGACGAUGGUGUUUGGGCUAAUUACUUCCUUAGUGCCUUCUCCACUAACUUGAUACCUUAAAUCCUUUAAAAGCUAAAAGAGGUGUCAAAUGAGAAGUGACUCAUUAGAAAGGUUAGUAAUGUUGUAGGUUAUUUUGUUGCCUAUAAUAGCUUCCCAAAGGCAAGCUUUUAAGAUUAUUGAAUCUCCAAAAUGUAAAUAUAGUUAAGGUUGUAAAUCAAUAUGUUUGUUGAAAACAUUGAUAUGGUUCUUGUGUGAGUGAUUCAUGACAAUUGGUAAUUGUUGAGAUGUUGGGAGUUAUAGUUUCA